AUGCAUUCUGUCGACUUUCGAAAUGCUAGGGAGCUUGUAUCAGAUGGUGUCAAGUCUGUGACUGUCAUCGGGUCUGCUAAUACUGCAUUUGAUGUGAUGGAGGACUGCCACGACUCCGGUCUCCAGACUACCAUGAUCCAGAGAUCAGAGACCUACGUUGUUCCAAUGACAUACUUCGCCCACCCGAUGGGAUUAGGCGCCUACAACAUUCUUCCGACUGAAGAUGCCGAUGCGAUUGUCAAUGGGAGUCCGCUGGCGGUCGGUGGACGCCUACUCCGGCUGGUCCACGCUAUGCAAGCUCAAGAAGAACCGUAA